UUAAAUACUUUGCAUACAUGUAAGGUCACCUUCUAUGAGGACAAGAACUUCAUGGGUCGCUCCUAUGAGUGCAGUGGUGACUGUGCUGACGUGAACUCCUACAUGAGCCGCUGCCACUCCUGCAGGGUGGAGAAUGGCUGCUGGAUGGUGUACGACCGCCCCGACUACAUGGGAAACUGCCACUUCAUGAAGAGGGGCGAGUACGCUGACUACAGGAACAUGUGGGGAUGGGGCAUGGCUAACUACAUCAGGUCUUGCCGCAUGAUUCCUUGGAACAGAGGAUCCUACAGAAUGAGGAUCUAUGACAGGGAGAACUUCAUGGGUCAGAUGAUGGAGAUGACGGAUGACUGCGAUUCCUUCAUGGAUCGCUACCACUGGUCCGGCGGCUGCAUGUCCUGCCACGUGAUGGACGGCCACUGGCUUAUGUAUGAACAUCCGGACUACAGGGGCAGGAUGUGGUACUUCAGUCCUGGAGAGUACAGGAACUUCAGGAACUGGGGCGACAUGAAGUUCAUGAGUAUGAGGCGUAUCAUGGAUUCCUGGUAUUAA